ACAAAAAACCCGGUUUUGUUUAAAUUAUAAUCAAAGAGAACCUGAAAGAGAAAAGCAAAAAAGCAGAACCUUCAUUGUGUGGUAAUCCUCACAAUCGCAGAGCAACUUACGGCAGCGGUAACGACGGAGACGGCGAAGAUGGAGAGAGGCGGAGCUAGAGAAAAGAAUAAAAGAAAACAACGAACAACCAAACCACUGGUCUAAUCGUUUCAAAAAACAGUAAAAUUAUUAGAUUGAGAUUCUCUCUUUCAUGUGAUUGUAAAUUGUGUUACAUCUCAUUUUCAAUCUCGUCGUUUCGAGUUCUCCGAUGAAUUUGUCUCUCCGUUUUGUAAAUUUUGAUAUAUUUUUCCCAUUUUUUCGAAGAAUUUUUUGUUUCUGUAUCAAAGGUUUCUCUCUUUUCUUUCUUUUUUUGACAAUUUAGAACCCUAUUAUUUCAAUUUAGCUUUGAAAAUGUCAUUUACAAGCUUUGUAUGGGAGAUUGGGAAUAUAUCAAAUAAAAGUUCAAGGAAGAGACAUAGGCUUCGUCGAGGUCAAGCUCAUAUUACUCCAGAAGCUUCUUCCUCUUCUUCACCUGGCUCACCUGGUUCUUUAACUGUACAAAUCGAACAACGGCAAUGGGCAAAUUUGCCUCCGGAAUUACUCUUAGAUAUAAUUCAAAGAGUAGAACAAAGGGAACAAUGUUGGCCUGGAAGGAGAGAUGUGGUUACUUGUGCUUCAGUUUGCCGUUCAUGGAGGGAAAUUACUAAAGACAUUGUUAAAACACCUGAGCUUUGUGGCUUCUUAACUUUCCCAAUAUCUUUAAAGCAGCCUGGACCAAGGGAUACGCCGAUUCAAUGCUUUAUUAGAAGGGAGAGAGCAACUUCAACAUUUCGAUUGUAUAUGGGACUCAGUCCUGCUUUGUCAGGUGAGUUGAGUAAACUGUUACUAGCAGCAAAAAGGGUCAGAAGGGCCACUGGUACUGAUUUUGUUAUAUCUUUAGUUGGGGAUGAUUUCUCUAGAUCAAGCAACAAGUAUGUUGGAAAACUCAGGUCUAAUUUCCUGGGGACCAAGUUCAACAUUUUCGACAGUCAACCUUCAAGAGAUUCUACGGUUUGCUCCAGUUGCGAAUCGUGUCGAAAAACUCAUCCAGGGAAGGUGGCUCCAAGGGUAACUACGAGUAACUAUAACACUGCCAAAAUAUCUUAUGAGCUCAAUAUUCUUCGCACUAGAGGUCCAAGGAGAAUGCAGUGUAUCAUGAACUCGAUCCCCGUCUCCGCCAUUGAAGGAGGAACUGCUCCUACGCCUACAGCAUUUACAAAUUGCCUUGAUGAGCAUUCUUCUCCCUUGUUAGAUUCAGCAGGAAGAAGGCCACAAGUUGGGUCCACUUCGAGAUCAAUGCAAAAUGUACCCUUAGUCUUGAAAAAUAAAGCUCCUAGAUGGCAUGAGCAGUUGCAGUGUUGGUGCUUAAAUUUUAAAGGACGAGUUACAGUGGCUUCCGUAAAGAAUUUCCAGUUGGUGGCUGCUGUGGAGCCUAGUGAAAAUGUUACAAUAACUGAACAAGAAAACGUGAUUCUGCAAUUUGGGAAGAUUGGCAAGGACAUUUUCACCAUGGAUUAUUGUUAUCCACUCUCUGCCUUCCAAGCAUUUGCAAUCUGCUUAAGCAGCUUUGAUACAAAACCAGUAUGUGAAUAACAAUUCUCUUGUUCCCUCUACUGGCAUGAUUAUGCUAGUUUUCAUUAUAUUUUGGUUGUAAUUUGUAAAUAUUCUCCUUGGAUGUACGUUAGGCUAGCCAUUUCACUGGCAACUGCCUUCAUUACUCUGCAAUCUACAUGCUUCUGUAAUGCUAAGUUUAGUAUCUAUAUAUAUAUUUGAAAGGCACUUA